AUGGCGCCCUCCCACCUCAGGAGAGAGUGUCCAGACGGCUUGUACGGAGCUGGCUGCACCCAAACCUGUAACUGUGCAGCCGGACCAGCUGCCUGUGACAAAAAGACCGGAUUCUGUACAGGGGGGUGUCUGGACUUCUGGACUGGGGACGCGUGCAAAACACGUGAAGAUACUGUCCCGUACGCAGAUCUCUUUAUUAAGGAGGAAGGUCGCUUCUUCGGUGAGCCUCCUUACUGGAUAACAGAUUACAACGACAUAGACGCAGAUGAGUGUGCCCGUCGCUGUCUACAAGGUUACGGCAGCUAUGAUGGCGUCAAUCCGACCUGUCUGUCCUUCAACCAUCGCCCCGCCGGAUCGCCAGAGGGCGUCAGUGCACGGUGUUGGCUCAGUAGUUCUGACAAGGACACGGCGGCAUCUCCUGGUUCUGAGUGGGACAGUUGGCCUUACCGAAAUUACUACCAGAGGAAACAUAUUCUGACGCCCAAAGAUUGUACUGACCUGAUCGCAGUCGGUAUUCAAUACAGUAGUGUCUACACCAUCGGCCACCCACAACCAUUCCAAGCCUACUGUGACAUGGACACUGAUGGCGGUGGGUGGACGGUCAUACAGCGGCGUCAGGACGGGUCCGUGCCGUUUGACAAGACUUGGAUUGAGUAUGAGCAGGGAUUCGGCAAUACUCGUGGAGAAUACUGGCUGGGAUUGGGGAACAUCCACAGUCUGACUACACAGAAACAAAACGAACUGUAUGUGUACUUGGAAGACUGGGAAAGGAACAGCCGGUUUGCGCGGUACAGCACGUUUUCUGUGGGAGAUGCCAGCAGCAAGUACACGGCAACGAUCGACGGUUACAGCGGGAAUGCUACUGAUAGUUUGUACAAUUCCAAUUCACGUCACGGCAUCAACACCAGAAAAUUUUCUACAAUAGACCAAGAUAAUGACGGUGUCAGUACCGACUGUGCUGUUACAUUCGGACAAGGAGGCUGGUGGUACACUCCAAGUUGUGGUUUUUCCAUGUUAAACGGACAGUAUCUGACAGGCUGCUCAUUACCUGCUCCGGGAUCCUGCUCCAGUGCAGAUGGAAUCAUCUGGUACACUUGGUUGGGCUACAGAUAUUCAUUGAAGAAAACAGUCAUGAUGACCAGACCAGCUGAUUUUCCCGCAUCAUUGUUUAGACCAUGUGAGAAUGGGGGAACCCUGACAUCUGGACCGGAGGAUUCCGGACUGUUCAUCUGUGCAUGUCCUGCAGGGUGGAAUGGCACGUUUUGUGAUCAGGUCUGCUCCUCUGGUGAGUUUGGGUCUAACUGUACCGGCACCUGUCACUGUGCGAGCGGAGACUCCGUGUGUGAUAUCCGGACUGGAGUCUGCUCCAGUGGAGGAUGUGAGGCUGGGUGGAAUGGGAGCAACUGUCAAACAGUAUGCUCACAUGGAGAGUUUGGGCGGAACUGUACUGGCACCUGUCACUGUGUGAGCGGAGAUUCCGUGUGUGACAUCCGGACUGGAGUCUGUUCUAGUGGAGGAUGUGAGGCCGGAUGGAAGGGGGACAACUGUCAGACAGUUUGCUUACCCGGAGAGCUUGGGCCAAACUGUACCGGCACCUGUCACUGUGCGAGCGGAGAUUCCGUGUGUGACAUCCGGACUGGAGUCUGCUCUAGUGGAGGGUGCGAGGCCGGAUGGAAGGGAAGCAACUGUCAGACAGUUUGCUCACCUGGAGAGUUUGGGCCCAACUGUACCGGCACCUGUCACUGUGCGAGCGGAGAUUCCGUGUGUGACAUCCGGACUGGAGUCUGCUCUAGUGGAGGGUGCGAGGCUGGGUGGAAGGGGAGCAACUGUCAGACAG